AAUGGUAGCUCAACAUUUACAUUUCAGUAUAUUUUUGUUUAUCAUUUCAACAGUUUGUCGGCAAGCAAAUGGUUAUAAUUUGGAUUUGCAGUUGGUAAAUGUUGUUGAUCCAGACUACUCGCCAAGUUGUACACAAGAUUCUGUUAAAACUUCUAUACGCAGCUUGGAUUUUAAAUGCAAAAACGCGUUGAAACCGCAAUGGAUGAAUAUGCUUUCCUGGGUAAGCAAGUGCAUUGACAAUUGUGAUGAAAUGAUAAGAAUUAAUUUUAAUAAAAAUUAUAAAAUUGUUGAAUUCUGCUUAUCACAAACAUACCACAAUAUCCAUCAUAAAGCAAAUGGAGUAGAUAUUCAGUUUGGUUCAAAUAGUAAUUAUUACUUGAAGCUUGAUAAGAAUAUAUUUACGGAAUGUUUCCUAAUUAGAGAUGAAAGUGUCAAAAGUAUCAACUAUAUGAAAGUAUAUCCUAAAAAAUCAACAUUAAGCCGAGUUGGACUUUCUUCCAUAAUGGCAUUUGCCUAUGAUAGUGUGAAAGGAACAAGCACUGCUAACAAAAUGUAUACAAAUAUUGCUUCAACGUUAUCAGGUGCCACUUGUAAUGCAAGCAUGGUUCAUUUUCAAGGAGAUCAUUUAUGUCAUAAAGCAUUGGAUUAUACAGGCGGUUUUACUCUACCCAAUCAGCAAUGGGUAGUAACAUGUACUCAACCUCACUGUGUAGGGCAGUUUAUGCGAGUCGACUUUGAAAUUUUUGCAUUUUCCUUAUACUUUUCCAGAGAGGACGAUAGUGGAAAAUUUUUGUCCCAGUUGAAAAUUGAUUGGAGUUCUGGUUCAAUUCAAAUUCUAGAUAUUCCAAUAAAUAAUCAUCCACGAUGUUUUGAUUAUACUGAAGAUUUUGUUGAAAACUGGGUAAAAGCUACCAUAAAUAAAUUACCAUCUAAUGUUGAAAAGAAUGUUGGACUGGGUCUUUUCCAAGUGUUUGCGGAUGUUUUACCAAGGAAAGAAUACACAAUUAAGGAUACAACAGCAGUAUUUUAUCAUUUGCCUUCAACUCUUACCUCUGUCAGUUUUAAAGCUUUCAUUUUUGGUUUAUAUGGAAUAAAUACAACAGGCAAUACUUGUGGACAAUUUCAAUUGAAAUUGUAUUCAUCUAACAACGACGCCAUCUUUGAAUUGUUAUUGUCAAACAGUGAAAAAACAUUUAUAAAAUUCAAUUCAAAAACUUAUUACACUAACGAAAUCAUUGAAUUUAUAAAAUGCAAUGAAUGGAGAUACUUUUGGAUUACAAUGAAUGAUGGAAUGUUACAAUUUGGAAAUGGGAUAGUUUAUGGUGUCAGCACAUCAAAGUCAUAUGUUACAGCUCUAUGA